UUCUCUGCUUAUGAGUGUUUUUUUUUUUAACAAUCUACUUAUCAGUUUUAUGACUAUUCUUUUUAAUUUUCAAUAUCCACAUAAAGACACAAUAUUCCUAAAUUUAAGCCGAAAACUCACCCUAAAUUCAUAAAUUUCCACAUACGAAAACAAAAAAAAUUCCAACGAAAAAUUCCAAAAAGGCGGUAGUAGGAGAAAUUGCAUAAAAGUUGUUAUUAUCAAAACAUUAAAAUAAAAAAAAUAUAAAAUAAAAAAAUUAGAAAAAGUCAAAUAAAUUGAAAAAUAAUUUUUUGCACAUCGAACAGUCAGCUUCUUCCCCCGACCCCCGGUUGUUAAUGCGCAGUGACCGAUUUGUUUGCUUUACUUUGCUUAGACUUCUCCCAUUUUUCACCCCUUCUCUCACUCAACUUCUCUCCCAAUUUUCUCUCUCCUAAAAUUCCACUGAACCAAACAACCCCUUAACCUUCUCUUCAACAAAGGGAUUGGAGGCUUGUUGCUCGCUGAGAGUUUGACAAACUCGAUUGCUCGAGAUUGUUGAAUGCCACACUCAGUAAUGGACAAGAGGCAAGCAAAGGAUGUUGCAGAACACGGGAAGACCAAAUACACUCUUAUCAAAGAUGUAGAAGACUACCAGCCUGGACUCUAUGAGAAGCGUCUUCCUUGCUUUGGCUGCGGGUUGGGGUGGUUUUCUUUUCUUUUUGGUUUCCUGUUUCCUCCGAUGUGGUUUUACGCAACAAUCCUAUAUUUUGGGAACUACUAUCGUAAAGAUCCAAGAGAACGAGCUGGCCUUGCUGCUUCCGCAAUAUUAGCUUUGGGUUGCUCUGUUGUGGUAUUAAUAUUUCUGCUCAUUCGGCUAUUCUGGUUUGCAUCUGCAACAACAAUGUAAAUACACAUUUUUACAUAGCAACUGCCAUCAAAAGUGGUAGUGAGACAAGUGACAGAAUAUAGAUGCAUACACUAUAGAUGCAUACACUAGGUGCAAGAUUGACCAAAUUUCGGGAAAAACCCUCCCAUAAGAUAGAUGAAUCAAAGAUAAUGAUCUUAUUAGGCCAUUGUAUCAUACUGUGAAGGAUUCACCUAAUAAAUAUUUAUACUGUGAAGGUUACUGAGAAAGCAAUAGAUGAUUUGUGUGGAUUUGUAUAAUAUACAAUUGUUUGACAUGUAUUUACACACAAUUGAGGAAUAAAGUGACUGGUGCAGACGUACAGUUCAUAA